AUGAGAUGUGAUGUGGAUCCUCCGUUAUUUGAUAUGGAAAAUAACAAUACCAUCUAUUUCUUCGAAAAUCUUGUGCGAUUUAAUGAAUUCUAUACUGGAGUUCACAGAUAUCUCUGUCUAUUAGUAUGUUCGACCGGAGUCCUCUUAAAUAGUUUGCACUUCUUUGUUCUCAGCCGUCGUCCAAUGCGAGCAUAUAUAAUUAAUGCUCUUCUGUGUGCCAUGGCCGUUUGUGAUGCCUUAACUAUGGCAUCUUAUCUAAUUUAUAUUUUACGUUUUCGUCUCUUUGAUAAUGAUUCAACCACCUUCGGAUAUUCAUAUCCAUGGCUUGUCUUUCUGAUUGUUCAUGUAACAUCUUCAAUUGCUCUGCAUACGGGAUCUUUAUACUUAUCGGUUGUAAUGGCCUAUAUACGUUGGACAGCAUUAGAUAGACUUGAUGCUAAAUGGAUAAAUCAUGGGGCUUUAAGACGGAUUUUCCUGUUUACCGGAUUGUCAGUCACUAUGAUUUCGAUUCCAACAUUAAUGGUGCACAAAAUAGUAUCCGUGAAUGAGGUAUUGGGAAGUAACGAAACAGCGUUUGAAAACUUAUAUACAGUUAAACUGGAUGAAACAGACAUCAAUGGGUGUACGCUGUUCAGAGCAAAUCUAUGGAUUACGGGAAUUCUGUUCAAAGCUCUUCCUUGUGGAUUGAUCUUAUGGUUCACAAUUGCACUCAUAUGGAAAUUGUGUGAUAUGAGCAAGAAGAGACGAAUGCUCCGAGGGGAUAAUAAUAAUAACAAAAAAUAUAAUAAGCUCUCCAUCGACAAGACUACGCUUAUGCUCAUAAUAAUGUUGGUUGUGUUCCUUUGUACGGAAUUACCCCAGGGUGCCUUGGCCAUCCUUUCAGCCAUUUAUCCAACACAUGUAGGGACUAUGGUUCAAUUGCUUGACUUCUUUUGUUCUUUAUUGCUGCAUGUCUUCUACGUAUCGACAAACAGUGAAGUCUAUAUUCCUCAGUGA